GAUUGGUCCCCCGGAAAACGAAAAUGACAUUAACCAAGAUGGCGCUGGGCGACAGAGAAAAGUGAUGAGAGAAUAGAACAAGCGAUACAACUGCAUAACAGUGUUCAUUUACUGGCCGGGUGCCACUGUUUCAAACCAGACCUCUUCGCCUUAUCAUCGGGGGAGAUUUCAAGCUCGAGCUGAGAGAACACAUCAAGCCACUGAGAUACAAAUAUUUAACUAGGUUAACUGUUUGCUAACUAGCUGCUAAAGUAGCUAGCGCGGCUAACGUUAGCUAACUGCGGAAGAAGGGAGGCAAGCAGCUACAAGUACAAGCCGACAAAACCAGAGAGACACCUCCUAUCAACACUUUAAACCAGCCGUGUCGAGUUUGCGGCACGGAACAAGUCGCACAAACCGGGAGAUCGGUAACGUUAAAGCAGCUACACCUCUAAAGCUGAAAAAGACGAGGAAAGGCGUCAUCUUUGCUGACCUGACGCCAUGGCUCACUCCCCUAUUCAGAGCGGGCUGCCGGGGAUUCAGAAUUUCAGAGCUGAUCCGGAGGAGCUUUUCACCAAGCUGGAGAGGAUAGGGAAAGGCUCUUUCGGUGAAGUUUUUAAAGGCAUCGACAAUCGGACUCAGAAAGUUGUGGCCAUUAAGAUUAUCGAUCUGGAAGAAGCAGAGGACGACAUCGAAGACAUUCAACAGGAGAUCACAGUUCUCAGCCAGUGUGACAGUCCCUUUAUCACCAAGUAUUUCGGAUCCUAUCUCAAGGGUACAAAAUUAUGGAUUAUUAUGGAAUAUUUGGGUGGAGGAUCAGCCCUCGAUUUGUUGGAGCCAGGUGCCCUCGAUGAAACACAGAUCGCAACAAUUCUGAGAGAAAUCCUAAAGGGGCUCGAGUAUCUGCACUCAGAAAAGAAAAUCCACAGAGAUAUCAAAGCUGCCAACGUGUUGCUGGCAGAACAGGGUGACGUGAAGCUGGCUGAUUUCGGAGUGGCGGGCCAGUUGACAGACACCCAGAUAAAAAGAAACACAUUUGUUGGUACUCCUUUCUGGAUGGCACCUGAGGUCAUAAAGCAGUCUGCCUAUGAUUCAAAGGCAGACAUCUGGUCAUUAGGAAUAACAGCAAUAGAACUGGCUAAAGGAGAGCCGCCCCACUCAGAGCUCCAUCCCAUGAAGGUCUUAUUCCUCAUCCCAAAGAACAAUCCACCCACACUGGAAGGAAACUACAGUAAACCACUUAAAGAAUUUGUGGAAGCCUGUUUAAACAAGGAGCCUAGUUUUAGGCCAACUGCCAAAGAGCUGUUAAAACAUAAGUUGAUUGUAAGGCAUGCCAAAAAGACGUCCUAUCUGACAGAGUUGAUUGACAGAUACAAGAGGUGGAAAGCAGAGCGGUCUCGGGAUGAAUCCAGCUCUGAUGAAUCUGAUGAGGAGCCACAUGGUCAGGCAUCUGGAGGCGAUGACUCCGGCAAUGAUGACUGGAUCUUUAACACCAUCAGGGAGAAAGACAUGAAAAAGCUUCAGAAUGGAGCUCCGCAGCCUGCAGAGCUCGAAAGGAAAGAGGAGAAAGAGACUCCAAAGAGGCCUUUGUCACAAAGCUUAUCAACAAUCUUCUCUCCACUGUUUUCUGAGUUGAAAGACAAGGGUGAGACGAGUAAUGGCAAGCCAGAGGCUGCAGAGGAGCUGCGGGAGGCCAUUUUCCUGGCAGAAGAGACACAUCCGGGGAUCUGUGACUCCCUGGUGGCUGAACUAGUGCAGAGACUUCAGAGGUUUUCUGCGCCUCAGGCUGCCACCACUCAGUAAGAGGAGCUACGUCCAGCUCCGCUCUAAUUUUCCACCCUGGUGGCAGCAGUCAGAUCUUUUCAUCUGACCUCCACAAGCCGGGAUGAAGUCUCCCUGGAAGGUCCCCAUCACUCAUUUGCCUGAAGCAAAUCCUGGCCUACUUAAUGUCUGUUUAUACGCUCGCACACCACCAGAGGGUCCUAUUCAGGACAGUCAGCCGGCCAGUCACUGAGCUGCCACUCUGACUGCCACCUGCUGUAAGAUGUCCCUUCUCAAUACCUCCUUCACAACUGUUUUUUUAUUUUGAGGGUGGAGUUAGCUGUCUUUCUGCAAGGACUCUGAGUUUGUUUGUUUUUUUUUUGGUUUUUGGCGAGUUUGUGGCUUAAUCACAAAGGUUUACACUCAGCAGCAUCCUUUUGGAGAAAGUAUCUUGCUUAAUUAAUUGUGUGCAUGUGUGUGUGUGUACGUGUGUGUGUGUGUGUGUGUGUGUGUGUGUGUGUGUGUGCAGCUGUGCGCGAUAUCCUGUGAAAUGUGUGGUGAAGAGUGACGAGUGGGUUGAAGCAUUCUAUUGAAAACUCAGGUAUCCUGCUUUAAGUGGAUCGGGUCCUCGGGGAGACGGAAAGAGCUCAAUAGGGUGGUUGUACAGACUUGUAAAUAAGCUAAUUUCUACAGAUUACUGAUUAAAAAAAAAUGGAUUAAUUGUAAUGGAACCACUGUGUACAAAUGGCCAAAUGCAAAACUGUAAAUAAUAGUUGUGAGGUAAAUAUUUUGAGACAAAAAUGGCCAUAAAUGAGAUUGCCUUGCCUUUGUACUUGUUCUUUUGUAUAUCGGUCUUUGAUUUCUCCAGUUGUAAAACUUUUUAAGUACUCAUCCAGUGAAUGAAAAUGGCUGCCCUCUAUCAUGUUUUACUAUUGAUUUAUUAUAUAUUUCUUAAAUCUCUUUGAUAUUUAGUUUCACUCUCUUAUGCUGUGGCUGUAAUAAUGUUGGAGAAUGUAAAAAAAAACAAAAAAAAACAAACAAAAAAAAAAAAGACAAAAUGGCUGGAUCGCUCAAGCCCCCACCAGUUUGAAACACUGGACGCUCUGAUUUCACAAGGCCUCAAGUUGGUUUGUUGAACCUUGCCUCAUUCCUUUUUUCUUUUCUUUUUUUUUUUUAAAAUGCUGUGUGUGUGAUUGAUUGGUAAGAUAAACUGAGGUUUUCGUCCAUUCAUUCCAUUAACAGGGCAGUACCAUCAUCUAGUUUCUAAAAAUCAGCAGACUCUGUUAGUCUUCCUAGGAGCUGCAGUGGUACUAUCUUAUCUCCUCAGCGUACCUACAGCUUUAAAUUGCACUUCAAGUAUAAAUGCCUUCGACUAUAAACAAAGUAGCCAUAAAACAGUAGCAUGAGACUUACAGUAUUUUGCAGGUAUGACCCGUGCUAUCUGGGACAAAGACCACCUGGGGGGUCUCACAGCUGGUCGUGCGGUGGCCGUAUCUUUCCAUUGGGAUUUGUGUGAUUCAAGAUGCAGGCGACACAUUUUUUCUUUUCGGUUGUACAGUAAAUGCAUAUAGACCUAGACACUGCUCUCAGAUGUAAAUAUUAACACGAAGGUGUUCAGAGACCAGCGGCACCGCUACUACUUCUGACUGUAGUUUAAAAGGAACGUGCAUGAUAGUAUAACAGUAUAAAUAAAGCCUAUUGGUCGGCCUGAGCGGUAUGCGUUGUAGCAUACUCCUACAGGACUGGAGGAUCGUUGAGUCCUGACCACAGUUGAAUCAGCCUUAGAGUAUUUGUGAUGAAUGGGAUGAAUAGUAUCAGCUUUAAAAAUGUUAAUUCAGAAGUUUUUGUUGUGAUUUAUUUUAUUUUCUUCUCUUCCCCCCCUCUGGCAUUAAAAAUGCAAAUGCAGCAAUACUUUAAAAGAUCAAAAAUAUUUCAUUCCUUGCCAGAAACAUGAGUUCAUGAACAAACCGACUCAUUUUACUCCUCGGAGACGAAAGGGAGUCGGAUGAUGUAUUCUUCUCGCCAUGGGGCGAAACACGGCACACAGUAUCAUAUAAACAGAACAUUCCCUGCAAAGUUAUCUGAAUACAUCACAGUUUUCUCUUCUCUGCUUACUGAUUGUGGUCAAAUACACAGUUGAGUUAGUAAAAAAGUCAAAUACUUUCUUUUUUACAAAUAUAACGUCAAGAAAAGGUACCAGAAUGCUACUUCAGUUAUUUCCUUAUUUCUGCUCUUCUCAGCUCCCAUUGAGACUUUUCAUGUGCAAUGUGCCAUGUAAGCCCUCCACCCCAAACUCAGACAAAUUCAAUACAAUUUGCACCUUUUUACAUGGUCUGAUAUGACUCGGUAUCUUUUUAUGUGUUGCACUUUGUAGAUUUUCUUUUGGUUUUCAAAAAAUAUGGUACUUAACAAGGCUACAAUGUUAUGUUGCAGUUACACCAGUUUUAUUGUCUUUUUUUUUUUUUUUUCUCCCCCUUUUGUGUUGUAUGGCAAUAAAGCAGUGUGAUCGCCAGGAGUAAUUUCUUAGCACAAGUAGGCAUAUAUUAAACUAUUUUUAUAACCCAAAAGAGCAGUAUUAUGUAAUAGAGGGAGUCUGUGACGUGUUUAAAAGUAUCAGUAAACACUGGAUAGCAAUCACUAAAAAUGUACAUUUUCAUUUUGUGUGACAUUGCUGGCAGUUUAUAGUCCAGUAUACAUGUUUGCAAAUUCAGGACAGUGCUGUUGGAUUUAUUGGAAGUUGUCAAAUGAUUAUGGAAAACAAAUAAAAAUCCAGUACAUAUUUGAAGAACA